UCACGUAGCAGCACUUCAUAUACAAUAUAGUCGCAUCCCCCACUACGCUCACACGUUUAUUUUACCACCUCCAAGCCACAAGAAAGGUGCCAAAACCGCUACGUAGAAAACACCUACCCAACCCAACACAAAAUUGUUCAGGAAAAGGAGCUAAAUCGCCUUUCUAGACUUUGAAGAUUUUUUGUAGAGCUUAAUAAUGAUUGGGGCAGUGUGGCCGGUUGUUGUCGGUUUUAUAAUCGCCUUUAUUCUCGCCUUCGCCGUGGGAGCGAACGACGUCGCCAAUUCCAUCGGCACGUCCGUCGGCGCCAAAGUCCUGACCCUACGUCAAGCCUGCGUCCUCGCCAGCGUUUUCGAGCUGCUUGGAGCCAUUCUAGUCGGCGCCAAAGUAUCGGACACGAUACGGAAGGGGAUCGUGGAUGUGAACGUAUUCAACGGUACAGAGGAGCUACUGAUGUUCGGAAACCUGGCGGCAUUGUCAGGUAGUGGUGUCUGGCUUCUGGUGGCGACGUUUGCCCGACUACCGGUGUCGACGACCCACAGUAUUGUCGGAGCCACCGUCGGGUUCACUCUCGUAGCAGCCGGGGCUAAAGGCGUGAACUGGCCCCAGAUCGGACUUAUUGUUGGUUCCUGGGUGGUCUCUCCCCUGUUGUCUGGACUCAUCACGUCAGCAUUCUUCAAGUUUGUGGAGUUCUUCAUCUUGAGAAAGGACAACGCAGCCCAAACUGGCUUGAAGUUGCUUCCAGGAUUCUACGCAUUCACCUUAAUCAUCAACCUGUUCUCAAUAUUCUACACUGGGGCCCCGCUGCUGGGGUUUGAUAAGAUCCCCCUGUACGGUGUGUUUAUCCUGAGUUUUGGGGGAGGGAUGCUGAUCGGCCUGCUGGUAUGGCUGUUCUUUGUGCCGUGGAUGAGAAGAAAAAUCCAAGAAAUCCACGACGCCAAGUUAUCCGUGGUGCCCUCACAGUCCAUGUGGCGACAGUCCAUCGAACAUCUCUCCCAACUACCCAACACAAAACUGCCGAACUCUGUCAAGUAUGAACCAGAAGAUGACAAGGGCCACUGUAACAUGGCGUAUGAAGAAACCGACUCUCAGGAAAGAGAGGAGAAGCUUAGAGACACUCCCAACUCAAACGGUGUGAUAAUGAUUGUCUCCCCGAAUGGUCUAAUCCUUCCAACCGAUAAUAACACUAAUAUAGAGGACAAAUCUACGGCAAAUGGACAUGUCAGCAAUGGAGAUAUUGUAGUAAACACUUCCACCAAGGAAGAGGAUAUAACAACAACGCAAAAUGGAUGUCUGGGAUCGAGAAUUGAGGGAACGCUGGAAGAUCACGAGGACGCAAACACUCACGUGCACAUCAAGGAAGUCAAGGACACCCCCGAGGUGGGGAAAUUGUUCCAGUUUCUCCAGGUGUUGUCGGCGGGAUUUGGUGCCUUUGCUCACGGAGGAAAUGAUGUCAGCAAUGCAAUCGGCCCCGUGGUGGCGCUGUGGCUGAUCUACCAGGAAGGCAACGUUGCGCAGAAGUCCGUCACCCCGAUCUGGAUCUUGUUUUACGGCGGCGCGGGCAUGAUCAUCGGCCUGUGGGUACUGGGCCGCAGGGUCAUCAAAACAGUCGGGGAGGACCUCACCCCCAUCACCCCUUCUAGUGGAUUCACCAUCGAGAUAGGAGCAGCUACCACAGUACUUCUUGCUUCCAACAUUGGAAUUCCUAUAAGUACAACACACUGCAAGGUUGGUUCAAUUGUUUUCGUCGGGUGGCUGAGAUCUCGGGCCUCGGUGGACUGGAAACUCUUCCGCAACAUCGUGUUCGCCUGGGUCGUCACCCUGCCGGUGGCGGGGGGCAUUUCUGCCGCCGUCAUGGCUCUACUGCGCCUCGCGGUGUGACCUCUCCCCCCCUCCCCGAAUAGGCCUAUUCACGAGUUUCCAUCCCCAGGAUGCAUUGCGAAAACAGGGGUCUAAACCUCAUUUGCAAAGGACAGAAAGGCAUCGGAAUGAUCCUGUUGACGUUAAACAGCUUGUUUUCCAGUGUGUUUUGAGGUGUCGGGGCAUGUUAUGCUCAACGUUAAUUAAAUUACUAUGGUCGAAUCUGAAAACAAAUAGAGAAUGAUUUUUUUUUAAAUAUGUGGUUUGUAACGUUAUAGUGGAAACGCUAUACUGAUGCUGUAACGUUACAAACCACAUGUUCCAUGUUGCAUUGAAAACAACACAAAAAGUUCAUUCUCUAUACGGAUUCAUUUCUAUACGGAUCGAAUUUGAGUUAAAUUUGAGUCAGAUUUGACUGCCAACCACACCCGACCUACUCCCGACCACCAGCCAACCAUGGCACAACCUCCUGUCCACACCAGAAUGUUGUAAACAUUUUUAAACAUUCGCGGCUUGUAUCGCGGCAGUUUUAAUCGAUUUUUUUCGACGUUUCAUUGUUACAAUUUUUUUGUACUUCUUGUUUUCAUAUCAUCUAAAUAUGUGCUAGAUAUUAUGAGCUCACUGUGCACCGAAAUACACCUUAUCAUCAAUAGAUCAAUGGGUUGAGAUUUUUUUGGACCAUGUGCACAUACAUACGUAACCUUGUAUAUAUGUACUGAACUUGCCAAUGUCAGAAAAAAAAGAGAUACAAUGUAAAACUUUUGUUAAUACCACCUUUGUUACUGUUUUUUCACCAAAGCAUAUUUGCGAAAAUGAUUGUAUCAUGAUUCAAUGAAUGGA